AUGGGGGAAAAAAGCAGUGAAGAUUGUGUUCACAUGUCGACGCACGAUCUGUUCUUUACACCGGCCCGCGUGCUCUCGCGCCUAUUUACGCUGGACGCCUACUAUCGAUACGAUCCGACUGCGCCCCGGGGGAUGGGCCCACCAGGCAGUAAUGCUGGCGGGCCGUACGCGCGGCAUCGAGCCCCACACCCGAUGCAACAGCAGCAACCCCCGCCGCAGUCACAGUAUCCCUCCUACCAUCAGCCGGCCGGUACGGAUUCAAUGUACUCGAUGCCGGACCACAGUGCCGCCGGUAUGGCCGGUAUGGGCGACGUGGUGUGGGGAGCACAGCCUCCACCACCGCCGCAAGCCAAUCCGUAUGCGACCCCGAUGGGUUACGGUCUCCCACAAGGACCACCGCAGGGACCAACGCAACGCCAAACGCCUACAGGAUACCGGCAGCACAUGGGAGGAUAUCCGCAGCAGGACCCUCAAAAACUGCAGUAUCCGACACAGCAGUCCAUGAUGGGCGGCAUGAUGCCACCUCAGCAAGGCUAUGGUUCACUGGGUCAGCCCCAGCAGCAGCAGCAGCAGCAGCAGCAACAGCAGCAGCAGCAACAACAACAACAACCUCCCCAGCAACAGCAACCCCAACAACAGCAACAGGCUCAACAACAGCGUGUUGCGCAACACUAUCCUCAACCGGGACAUUCCAUGUACCCGGGAGCACCAUCCGCGGCGCAAUCCGCAUACGGUGCGUACGGUCCUGCUGCAGCGGCAAUGCAACAGCAUGCGGCGCGCUCGGCGCAACAUGUUUACAAUCAGCAUCAGCUGGAUCCGAGCGGAGGUUACGGGCAGCAUCUCGUUAGUGGUGGUCAGGUACCCACAAGCCUGCACCAGCUCGGUGCGCCCCAACAGCAACCGCCUGUAGGCGGUGGUGUACCGGGAGGUUUAGCUCCGACGCAUCCGUCGCAGCAACCCUCCCAUUUACCACCGCAAUCCCAGCAGCAGCAGCUGCAUCAGAGCCACAACAGUCAGCCGCAGCAGCACCCUCAGCAGCAUCCGGGUCUGUCAAGUCUGGGAGGAGGCCCACAAUCAUCUCAGCAGCAACAGCAGGGGCAGCAUCCGGGUAUGGUUCACCCCGGUGCGCAACAGUCAAAUGCGCCUGGUGCAGGCCUGCAUGGGCUUGGUGGCCCACUCGGACCACAGCAACAACAUCCGAUGACGCAUGGUGCGGGUAUGCCGGGUGUCCCUGGUGGUGGAGGAGGCGGUGGAGGAGCAGGUGGGCCAGGUGGCGGUGGAUAUGGUGCAAGCGCACCGCAGCAACAAUCGUACCUGCCGAACGCUGCGACGAAGCAACAGCCGACACAGCACGGUGGAAGUCCCCAGUACCGGGCUCCAUUUCCUCAACUCUCCCCCCAGAUGUCACCCCGACCACCACAAAUGUCUCCUCACACGCAGAUGUCACCUCGUCCCGUGAUGUCCCCGGCUAAACCUCCGGGCGGUGGACCACCGGUUGUUACUUCGCAGUCUCCACAGGCGACGUCCACACAUUCGCCACAUCUCGGCGCAGGGAUAGUGGCCGGCAGUGGGGGCAUGCAGAGUCCUCGGCCACAGUCCGGUACGAAGCUGACGGCAUCGAGCUCAGGAGGUAGCGUAGUAAGUGGUGGUCCUGGUGCGGGUGUCAAUACGACAUUGCAGGCACUAGAACAGAUGGUGAUGCCACCUUCCGGCGCAACCGGCAUGGAAUAUGCGCAGGCUGCAGCGGCAGCGGCAGCAGCAGCGGCCGCGGCCGCCGCCUAUCGUGGUGGUCCUCCGACCCAUCAGCAGCAGCAGCAACAGAUGGGUGCGAACAAUCCACUGUCACCGUUGGGACCCCGGUUGCCGAUGUCCCCACAACAUCAGCACCAACACCAGCAGCAGCACCAGCAGUGGCCACCGAUGGCAGCUGUGCAGCAACAGCAGCGUCCUGGUAGUGGUGGAAUUAAUGGUAGCGCUCAUCAUGGAAUGGCCGGUCCUAUUGCACCUCCUGGCAGUCAUAUGCCGCCGAUGCACGCACCCCAUGCACCCCAUUUACAUCCGGGCGCACAUGGACCGCCACCAUCGCAUGCGCAGCAGCAGAUUAGUCAACUGAACGACAUUUCCAGCCUAAUUCCACCCGUGUCGCAAACCAGCAUGCCUGUGAUACCGCCACCUUCGGCAACGGGUCCUCCGGGUCCGCAGGCUUACGGCGGUUUAGACGAUAAGGGACAGCACGGCGUUGGCGGUGUGGAUGUGGCUACGUCGGUCGCCAAUGUUCAGCAGCAACAACCUGUACAUAGUCUUCAUCAGCCGCAUCUUUCACAGCCAACGGGAGCCCAGGCAUCUCAACAACCACCCCAAAUGUCCGCCAUGCAGCAGCAGAUGCAACAGCAACAGAUGCUAACUCAACUGCAGCCGGGAUCACAUCUUCCCCCACCAUCCACCGCGCAGCACCAUGCACCGGGUGGUCCGCAGCAACAACAUCAACAGCAGCAACCCUCGAUGCAUCAUAGUACGCUUGCAGCAAUGCAACCAGCUACCGGACACGGUGGAGGUGGUGGUGGUCUGUCGCAUUCGAUCUCGCAGCAGCUACACUCACCGUCAUUUAAUGACGAGAUGUUGAUGUCGCCAAGCGGCCCAAAUCAGCAUUUACAGAGUGUGAACAAUAGCAUGUCGCAGCAACAGCAACAACAAUCUCAGCAAAUGCAGCAGCAGCAAUCGAAACAGCAGCAAGCGGUUCAGCAGCAAGGUGGUGCAGGAGGCGCGUCGCUAAACGAUCUGCCCUCGAUGCAACAUCCCCAUUCUCACCAACAUGCGCAUCCCCAUCAGCAGGGAGUCGUUGAAUUGCCACCGAUUUCUUCUAUUACGGAUCAGCAGCAGCAGCAACAUCAUUUGCACCACCACCACUUGCAUCAUCACCAUCAGCAUCAGCAGCAGCAACAACAACAGCAGCAGCAACAGCAACAACAUCAGCAGCAGCAACAGCACCUUCAACAUCACCAUCAUCAACAACAGCAUCAGUCUCAGGCACAACAACACCAUCAGCAGACAGCUGGAAUGGUGGAUCCCGUUGCAGAACAGCAGCAACACCACCAUCAUCAACAGCAGCAGCAGCAACAACAGCAGUCUCAACAACAGCAACAACAACAGAUGCAACAUCAUCAACAUCAGCAGCAACAGCAGCAGCAGCAACAGCAGCAGCAACAACAGCAGCAACAACAACAGCAGCAACAUCAUCAACAAGUGUCUGUUCCUCCUUCAUCGGAUUUCAGCUUGAUCGAUAGUUUAGCAUCGAGCAAUGCAAAUGAGGCUCCCUCAAGUUUGGGCCCGUCAAUGAUGGGUACCACAGGCACAGCUGCAGCCGGCGUACCAUCGGUAUACUCACAUGACGCCACCCUUACCCCACUUGUGCCGAGUGGGGCCGAGAUGGGAGAUGCCCGUCAGCAACAACAGCAGCCCCAUCAACAUCAGCAGCAUUCACUGGCGGCGGCCGAGCAGGCAACGACUGGAAGUAGCAGCAGUAAUGAAGAAUCUCGUGACAGCAUUGUACCGGCACCGGCCGAAUCAAACACUGACGAAUCAAAGUCGUCUAAUUCGAACUCGCUUAUGUCUGGUACGGACUUUGAGGCGCUACAUCAUCAUCAGCAGCAAAACUCUGGCACCGCGGGAAUGCUUCUCGGUCAGGAUAAUCUACAAGUAGGUGGCACGGGUGGCGUGUUGGAUGAGUCGUUAAAGGAUUCGUCUGCCUUGGGAGAUGGUUCGACAUUGCUGGAUUCUGCGAAGCAGGCAGGAGAUGAUACGCUUGGCGGAUACCAUUCGGAUGGAAGUAUGUUGCAAUCGGGUGGAAAUACGGAAAGCUCAGCGCUGGAUCAGCAGCAAAUGUUGCUCGACUCAGUGGCGACAGAUGUAAUAGCUCCAGCAGGAUUAACAGACCUACAGGCGCCCGAGGUGACGACCGCAACCAAAAGCCCUAAUGAGACGCUAGUACCGACUUCCACCACAACUGCAGGGAACGACAGCACGAUAUCACCUGGCGGGGAACCUAUCAUCUCUACGAGCAGCAGUACCACUGGGCUCAUGUCCGGUGUUGCUGGACAACCCACGACAGUUACCGGUGCGUCGGCUACCUAUGCGCAAGCCUUGAGUGGACAGAUGCCACAAACCAUGGCAGCUGCGGCAGCUCCUGGAUCAACGAUGUACGGAAUGCACCAAGUCGGAGGUACGAUGAUGCAGCAGCAGCAACAACAACAAAUGCAGGGUGUGCCUGUUGCCGGUCAAACGGUUACUGGGGGAGGCGACAUGAUGGUUCCACCGCCACCGCCUCCGUAUCAAACGCCCCCUAUGAUGUCGCACAGCCAAGAGCGAGCGGCAAUCAAACAACAAAUGCAGGACAUGUACAAGCUGCCGAUGGCAGACAAUCAAGAGAAGAUGAUGCGUCUUCAAGAGCGGCUAGCAAUGUUGCAGCAGCAUGAAGCGGCGGACGGUUGUCAGGGCCUUGGUCCACAGCCAUGUCUUCUGAUGCAACCGCCACAUCCGCUGUAUCCUGUCGCGCCUACUAUGACAUCGGUCGCAGCAGCGGCAGCAGCAGCCAUGAUUGACAGUCCGCAAGUAACAAGCACGACAGGGCGCGGUCGUGGUCGAACGCCCUCGAGCAAACCCCGCAAGCCUCGGGCAAAGAAAGGUGACAAACUAUCAGGCCAGCAGGAAGCUGCGGCAGCCGCGGCGACUGUGGUAGGACAGACGGGUCUCAUUACGUCAGGCGAUGAGACAUCUCAAUCCAAUGUAGUUGCACCCUUCUCUGGUGGAGCUACGGCCACGGGCAUAACAACACCGACGCCAACGACUUUAUUACCGGUAUCGGAAGAUUCUGUGACCGCUGGGACUGGUCUGCCGGAGGUUAGCCCUGAUGGUAGCAGUUUUCACGAGCUGAUGUCGCUUGAGAGUAGCGGGGGCGGAAUUGGACUGACCGGUGGUGACCUCUCGCAGGACAACCUAUCCUGUAGCGGUACCGGUGAUCUUGACACCUCGACUGAUGCCAGUGGCAAGAAGAUAAAGAAACCGCGAAAACCACGAGAGCCAAAAAAGCCGGCGAAAGGUGCUGCCACGACGGGUGAUGGCGUGAAGGAACCGACUCCGAAAAAGGAAAGUAAAAAGAAAGAGUCUAAGGACAGUAAAAAAAAGAAAAAGAAAAUUGUGGCGUCGAGCGACGGCGACAAUUCGCUGUCAAUGGAGGAUGAACUUCCGGAUGGUGGCAUUACUGCCGAGCUGGAGCUAUCCAAAUCCGGCACUACGACGAGCGAAACCGACGAGAAUCAGUCUUUGGCUUCGUUGAUGAAUGCACAAAACUCUAACGAUGCUAAUGCAGCGGCACCAAGCACCGCAAUGACCGUUGAGAGUGCCACCGACGAAACAAAAGAGAAGGAGGAGGCAGCUGUCUCAACAGCAAGUAGUGUGGUUGAAUCUACAGGAAAGGAAGAUAGUGAUGCUACUUCUUCCAAUGCGGCUAUUGAUGGUGAGGUAUCAGAAGAAAAGGACGAUGAGAAAAUCGCAUCGGCUACAGCAAAGAACGAGGAAGGCGAUGCUGAUGGCGAAGAACAGUCGAAGGCAGCAAUAACCACUACCAGUGAAACAACUGAAGCUGGUGCUAGUGGUGUGCCAAUGGAAGAAGAGGUGACGGACUUCGAUGACAUCCCUGUGUCGAAAAUUAGUAAGAGCGAACUAACGAAAGAAGAGCAGGAGAAGACGGAUGGUCCAGAGGAGGGUGCGAGUGCCGAACCGGAACCGGAAACUCCUACUAAGAGCAAGAGCAAGAAGAGUAGUAAAAAGAGCAAAGAACCUGGUAGCUCGGAGGGUGGCAGUAGUAGCAGUAGAAAUCGUAGCCGCCCCAGUGGAGGCGGAAGUUCUUCAUCGCGACGCAGUGGUGGAAGCAAGUCGAGCGGUGGUGGAUCGAAGAGUAGAUCACGGCGAAGCCGCAUGAUCGUUACGGAGUCGGAUGGUGAAGGUGACGAUUUGCUAAGCACACCGCCACCUUCGCCUCCACCAGACACGGAAGCGGAUAGUUCGAAACGUCGAUCGGCACGCAACACGCAACGCAAGAAGUACGUAGAUGAUGUGAUGUUACGCUUUUCCGACGAUGAAUCCGGUAUCAUUUCACCGACGCCUACCAGUGGGAGGAAAGAUCGCCGCUCGGAUGGUGGUUCGGACCGGAAAGAGGGUUUGGCGCCAACGGACGUUUCCCUAGCGAGCAGUGAAUCUGGCGCAACUGCCCCUGAUGGAACGGUGGCAGGUGCCAGUGGUGAAGCUGGUGCCACAACAGGAGCGGGAAGUGAGGUGGUGACAGACGAGAACAAAGUGAGCACAUCGGAUGCAGCGAAACUUCCCUCGGGUACGGUGGAGCUUGGUCCGGACGGAAAACCAAUAGAUGAUGCAUCGAAACCCAAUGCAAAUUACGUUUACGUCAACACAUCAGAGGAAGAUUCGAUGGUGGUGCAGUAUGUACUUGCAGUUCGCAAGGGUAGACGAGAAUUGAAACCAGACCCACCUCCGCCUCCACCGAAGGAGAAAACUCCUGAACCUGUUGAGGGUGAUUCCGGAGAAGCGGUAAAGACCGAAUCCAACGAAAAAGAGGCGCAGGGCGAAGGCAAUGAAGCCACAGCUACAGAUGUGGUCAAACAAGAAAAUACAAAUCUUGCCGAUAAUGACAGAGAAAACGAAAAGGAACAAACUGGAGAUUCCGAGAGUAAGGAAACCGAAAGUAAAGAAGACCCAUCUACGUCUACUGCAGCAGUUCCAAUGGAAACGGAACCAGAAAGCAACACAAAUGCUGAAAAGAUCGCAGCUGAAGGCGACGCUACUGCUGACAAGAAUUCUGAAAGUGAACAGAAAGAACCUGCUGCUGCUGAGCUUUCCAAAGCAGAUGAAAAAAUGGAAACGGAUGAACAGGAAGAAGCAGUAGUAAAGCCAGAUGAAAAACAUAGUCCGGCAGAAGAGAUCACAGAUAAAACGACUGCAGCAGAAGUUGAAGAACAGGCAAAGGAGUCUGCGGAUGUAGCGAAGGAAAAUAUGGAGAUUGACGAAGAACCUCCCAAAACUGUUGCCGAGGACACAAGCACGGCAGACGAUAAAAGUUCGGCUCAACCGAAUGGAGACGCAGGGUCAUCGCAGGUACCUUCUGAACAAGCUGAGGAGAAAAAAGAGGUAACGGAGGAGAAAACUGUCACCGGCGAAAGUGUAGAAAAGAUGGAAGCGGACGAAGUAUCGGCUGAUAGUGAGAAGAAGCAAGAAGAACCAUCAGCUACUGAAGUCGCCAAAAAAGAAGUAGGUACUGAUGAAGCCGAGCCAAGUUCUGAAAAGAGCGCGGAAGUUGUCAAGCAAGAAGAACAGGAAGGUGCGGUAACAGAAGAGGAAAAGAAGCCAGAACCCGUGUUCAUCGAUGUGGAAGAAUACUUCGUGAAGUAUCGCAACUUUUCCUAUUUGCACUGUGAUUGGCGUACGGAGGAUGAGCUGCUCAAAGGGGACAAGCGUGUAGGAAACAAAAUCAAGCGUUUCCUCAUGAAGCAACAACAGCAACUAAACAUCUUCGAAAGCCUGGAUGAAGAACCGUUCAAUCCGGACUUUGUAGAGGUUGAUCGUGUUCUGGAUGUAUCGGAGCUGGUCGACGAUGAGGGCAAAACAGUGAAACACUACCUUGUGAAGUGGAAGAGUUUGCCGUACGAAGACAGCACCUGGGAAUUGGAGGAUGACGUCGAUCAGCUGAAGAUCGAGCAGUACUACAAGUUCAAUAAGAUUCCACCAAAGAGCGAGUGGAAGACCAAGAAACGGCCGCACCCCGACCAGUGGAAGGCACUGCCGGAGUCACCCACGUUCAAGGGUGGCAACAAAUUGCGUCCGUACCAGCUGGAAGGUUUGAACUGGUUGCGCUACUCGUGGUACAAAGGCAACAACUGUAUUCUGGCCGAUGAGAUGGGGCUGGGUAAGACGAUCCAGAGUCUCACGUUUGUCAACUCCGUGUACGAAUACGGCAUUCGUGGACCAUUUCUGGUAAUUGCACCUCUAUCAACCAUUCCUAACUGGCAGCGCGAGUUCGAAGGUUGGACGGAGAUGAAUGUGAUCGUUUAUCACGGAUCGGCUACGAGUCGGCAGAUGAUACAGGAUUACGAAGUGUAUUAUCGUACCGAGACGGGUAAGCUAAUCCGUGACAUCACGAAGUUCAACGUGCUAAUCACCACGUUCGAAAUGAUAGUGACGGAUUAUCAGGAUCUAAAGAACUUUACUUGGCGCGCUUGUGUGAUCGAUGAGGCACAUCGUUUGAAGAACAGAAACUGCAAGCUGCUCGAAGGUUUACGGCAGUUAAAUCUCGAACAUCGUGUUCUGCUUUCGGGUACACCACUUCAGAACAAUGUGAACGAACUGUUCUCGUUGCUGAAUUUCCUCGAGCCGAGUCAGUUUGCGUGCAGCGAAGAAUUCCUGCGCGAGUUUGGAAGUCUUAAGACGGAGAGCGAGGUGCUGAAGCUGCAGGCACUGUUAAAGCCAAUGAUGUUGCGGCGUUUGAAGGAUGAUGUGGAAAAGUCACUGGCACCGAAAGAGGAAACGAUCGUGGAAGUCGAGCUUACGAAUAUCCAGAAAAAGUACUAUCGGGGUAUUUUGGAGCAGAACUUCUCCUUCCUAAUGAAGGGCACAACAUCGGCGAACAUUCCAAACUUGAUGAACACGAUGAUGGAGUUGCGAAAAUGUUGCAUCCAUCCGUACCUGCUGAAUGGAGCGGAGGAUCAGAUUCAGUACGAUUACCGACAGCAGCAUGGCGAGGAUGCAGAAUCCUAUUAUAAAAAUUUGAUUGUGUCAUCUGGUAAAAUGGUACUGAUUGACAAAUUGCUGCCAAAGCUACGGGCCAAUGGCCACCGUGUGUUGAUUUUCAGCCAGAUGGUGCGUUGUCUAGACAUCCUCGAGGAUUACCUGAUGUACAAGAAAUAUCCGUUCGAGCGUAUCGAUGGGCGCAUUCGGGGUAACUUACGACAAGCUGCUAUUGAUCGUUAUUCGAAACCGGAUUCCGAUCGGUUUGUAUUUCUGCUUUGCACGAAAGCCGGCGGUUUGGGUAUUAACUUGACCGCAGCCGAUACAGUCAUCAUCUACGACAGUGAUUGGAAUCCACAGAACGAUCUGCAGGCACAGGCACGAUGUCAUCGUAUUGGACAGCAGAAGAUGGUUAAGAUCUAUCGGUUGCUCUGCCGCAACACGUACGAGCGAGAGAUGUUUGAUAAAGCAUCGCUUAAGCUCGGUUUGGAUAAAGCCGUCCUGCAGAGCAUGAACACGGGCCAAAACAAGGACGGCACACAGCGACAGUUGUCGAAGAAGGAGAUCGAAGAUCUGCUUAAGAAAGGCGCAUACGGUGCCGUGAUGGAUGACGACGCGGGCGAUAAGUUCUGUGAGGAGGACAUCGAUUCGAUCCUGCUGCGACGUACGCAGGUCAUUACGAUGGAGAGUGAAAAGGGAUCUACUUUCUCGAAGGCGUCCUUUGCAGCUGCGGCCAACCGUAGUGACAUCAAUAUCGACGAUCCCGAUUUCUGGAACAAAUGGGCUAAAAAGGCGGAAAUUGAUCCGACCGCUUGCGAGAAGGACGAAACGGAAGAUCUGGUUAUAGCGGAACCGCGACGUCGUACGCAGAUCAAGCGUUAUGGACACGAUGACGGCGUGAUGGACAUUUCGGAUGAAUCGUCGGGUGAGCAGGGCAGCGAUGGUGAAGAGGGUGGUAUAGGAUUGAAAACUCGCAGCAAACGAACGCGCGGUGCUAAGGAACGUAAGAAACUUCAGCAACAGAUGCAGCACGACGAUUAUGUUCCACGUGAUCGAGAAACGCUCGCGGUACUCGGCGCUGAUGAAGUUUCGUACGGCAAUUGGGCACGGUCGGAGUGUUUCAAGGUGGAGAAGGGAUUGCUGUCGCAUGGCUGGGCGCGUUGGACAGAAAUUCUCGAACAGGGACAGUUCAAGCGUGGUUGGCGAGAGCAAGACGUUGAGGAUUGUGCUCGUGUAAUUCUACUGUACUGUUUGGAGCGAUAUCAAGGUGAUGAAAAAAUCAAGAAUUUCAUUUGGGACUUGAUAACGCCGAACGAAGGUGGAGAACAGCGUGAAAUCGCACGCAAUCACAGCGGUCUGCACAAUUUGGUGCCUAGAGGACGCAAUGCCAAAGGAAGGAAAUCAUCUUCCGCGUGUACCACACCGAAACGCGAAGCGUCUAAUUCCGCUGGCAUGGGAAGCAAUGGUGGCGGCUCUCCUGUAAUAGCUCAACCGGCAGGAUCGACCACACCGGCUCCCCAGUGCAGCGGAACGGCCGAUGCGAACGAAGAUGCAUCCUCGAACUCAUCUGGCACAAAAGCGGAAAAAUCGGCCAAAUCCGGCUCGGACACAGGCGGCACAACGACACCCGUAUCCGAUCCACACCACUGGAGCAAGGACGAAAAAUACGAUACCGAGACACUGCUCGACAUUAACUACAAGAAACAUCUUACCAGACACGCAAACAAGGUGCUGCUGCGCGUUCGUAUGUUGUACUACAUAAAGCACGAGGUGCUUGGUGAUUUAGUGAAUCAGAUCAACGAAGGUGCCAAUGCCAGCGAUCUCCCAAUUCGGCCACCGCCUACGCCCGAUCAGCUGCCGUGCUCAUGGUGGAAUCCAAAUUGUUGCGAUCGAAGUUUGUUGGUGGGAACGUACAAACAUGGCUGCGAAAACUACCGUGGGAUGCGGGCGGAUCCGAUGCUCUGCUUCCAGAGCCACUGCGGUCCCGGUGACGGCACCAUCGAAGAGGCAACGAUUGUUAAAGAAAAUGAUGAUGAUGCGAACUCUAAGCUGGGUGACAAUGAGGAAGACCCGGAAGAUGGUGUUCCAUCGGAAACGACACGAUCGGCAUCUGUCGGUAUCGAAUCGAAGGAUGAUGAUGAAGAAUCCACAGUUGGUACGGCUAGUGCAGCACCGACGCCGGCCCCAUCGGACAUGAAUCCGGAGCUGGCCUGGCCAUCAAUGCAGGAUCUGAACACUCGAUUGCGGCGCGUCAUCACAUCGUACCAGCGCAACUACAAGAAGGAAGAACUGAAACAGCAGCAAAAGGCGAAGCUACAGACGAUAGUUCCUCCGCCCGGUACUCCUACCCUCUCUGGACAAACGUCUUCAUCGCCAUCAACGCCGUCGACAACACCUGGCCCAAUGAUCAUAACGCCUGCACAGCAACAAGGACAGCAGGGCCAACUGACGACGUUGCAGCAACAGCAGCAGCAACAGAUAGCGGGUCAGAUUGUCGGUCCAGGUGGUUCGCCAAUGGUGGUAGGAUUAAACCAUCCUGCGGCCACUGGUCCGUUAGGUGCUGUUGGAGCUAGUGGUACGGGCGCCGGGGGUAUUGCUCUCGGAGCUACUGGAGGUCCACAGGGUAAAGGUGUACAACAGCAGCAGCAGCAGCCACUACCUUCGACAAGUGGUAACAGUGGCACUGGUGGUCUGCAAGCACCUACCGCUGGUAUGCCGACGGCAGCAGACUUCAGCCUGAUGCUCAGUCUAGGCCUUGGCCUGAAUCCGGCCGAUCCGAAUCAGCUGGCGAAUAUAGAUCUUCAGAAGCUAGCAAUGUAUUUGAAAAUGGAACGCCGUGAGAAAAAUGAGCAGGUUAUGCGCGAACGAGAACGUGUUAGGUUGGACCAAAUACCAAAGAGAUGGACCCGUCGCGAAGAAAACGAAUUCAUCCGCGUCCUCACAGGCUAUGGUAUCGAUUUGCAACCCAACACCACCGUCCCUACACCGGACUGGAGUCGCUUUAAAGUGUUCGCCAAGUUGGAUAAGAAAACGGACGAGAAUUUGAGCGACUUUUACAAGGUGUUCAUUGCGAUGUGCAAACGGCAAGCGGGUGUUAAGCUAAGCGAUGACGAGAAAGGCCUCGAAGGUCUGGUAGAUGACGUGACGGAAGAUCAUGCCAAGUUGAUCCUAGAUCGGUUGGAGCUGUUGUCGAAGGCGCGUCAGAUAGUGAAACACCCUAAGCUGGAAGAAAACAUUCGUUUGUGCGAGAAUAACCUGGACACUCCUGACUGGUGGAUUCCUGGACGACACGAUCGGGAACUACUGCGAGCAGUCCUGAAGUAUGGUAUUUACCGUUCGGAACAAUUGAUUCUUGCGGAUUCCGAAUUUCCAUUCUAUGAAUCCGCUAAAAAGUAUUUACAACAACUUGAGAUGCAAAUUCAGCUGCAAAACCAACAAUUGCUAAAAAUGCAAGCCGAAGCUGCUGCAGCUAAAGCUGAAGCAGCACUUCAGGCGGCAUCGGAGGUUACUGCAUCCCCUGAAAAGGUUGCACCUGUUGUAAAUGCCGAUUUGCCCAUCAAAAAGGAAAAGGACAGCGUCGUUCCCGUUGCUGCAAUGGAAGUUGUUGAAGAGAAGGCUGCUUCAGAUGCAUUGCCAAUGGUAGAGCAGGCAGCUUCAUCAGUCAAGAAGGAAGUCGAUGAUGUUCCUGAAACGAUAGAUUCUGCUGCUAAACCGUCGACGGAAGUCGCUACGCCAGUUGCAAGUCCCGUAAAAGAACCUUUGACAAGCACGGAAAGCCCAGCGGAAGAGUCCAAACUGCAUGAAUCAACCGAGAUGUCGAAACAACAAAAGAUUGAAUCAGAAAACGAAACCGCCGAAAAAACUUCUCCUGCCAAGGUGUCGGUUGAAGAGGAGUCGGUAGAGAAAGAAUGUUCGAAAGGAAAGACUGAAACAGGUCAGAGUGUAUCAGAAAAAGAAGCUGACGAUGAACCGGUUAAAGCAGUUACAUCCCCUUCCUCAGAUUCUCCCAUCAAACUCAGUAGCGAUGUUGAGAUGAGUGAAGAAGUGAAGGUAGAUGUGCAAUCCGUUAAGGAUGCCAGUCCAGUGCCAGAGGAAGAUGUGUCGGUUAAAACAUCUGAGGAAAACAAAACGGAUGAAGCAAAUGCUACUAACGCGGAUGGCAAAGAAGUGGACGAAAAGAAUGAAGAACAGGAUGAAAAGAUCGAUAAAGAAGUUUCGGCAGUAACUGAGCACGAAUCAGCAGUAUCGGUGGAAAACGGAAGUGAUAAACCACAACCGGAACCUGUCACUGGUGAUGAUAAUAAAAUGGAAGUAGACACUGCCAGUUCUGAAGAUAAGGCAACAACCGAAGUACCGUCAAAGGAAACGGAGCCGUCGACUAACUCUGGAGAAGUAGCUGCUACCGCGAUGAAGGACGCUAACGAAUCAGUUGAUACAAGCAAGGAUUCUGUCACGGACAAGGAGGACAAAGAAGAGAAAGAGACAAAGGACGAGGAAAAGGACCAAUUAACGGAAAAGAUGGAAACAAAUGAAGCAUUAGCUGUUGCUAGUGAUGAAUUGGAAAAGAAAGAUUCCGAUGCCAUUGCUGUUGAUCCUACGUCAGUUAAAAGUUUGGCUAUGGAGGUUGAUGAUGAUCAGACGGUUGCCGAAAAGGAAGACGAAAAGACUGCGGUUCCGGAGCAGAAGGAAACGCAGCAGGAGCCAGAUGUUCAACCCAUGGAAGAGGCAUCAACAACCGAGCCGGUUUCGCCCGGAAAUUCGAACAAAACGGAUGAUGAAAAGAAAUCCGAAGUUGCCGCUCCAGAGUCUCCAAAAAUGGAAACCGAAGUGGAUUCAUCAAAGGUUUCAUCAGAAACGGAAGAAAAAGAAGAAACCGUUGCGGAAGCUAAGAAAGAAGAUACCCGUGAAGAAGAAGCAGUUGAAGCAGCCGCCGAAUCACCGAGCCUAGUGAAAGAAAAGUCACUAGAUGAACCAGCCCUCGACAAGGAGAAAACGGAAGUAAGUGCUGAAAAGGUAGCUGAUUCUACUGAUGCGCCAAAAACACCUGUUGAAACAACGGAAUCAGAAGCAGCUACUCGUUCGUCACCCGCUAAGGACACCAAUGAGGGUACGACCUCGGCUAGCGAUGAAGAGAAGAAAUCAGAAUCGGAGCUUGAGAAAGGAAAGGACGUUGAUGUUAAGGACGUUGAACCUGAAGCUGAGAAGACUGUUGAAAGUGUCACUGAAAAAUCAGUUAAACAAGAAAUGGAAGUAACGGCUGAAGUUGUUCAAACUGAAAAGACUAGUGAGGCUGUUGCUCCGGUAGAUGCUGUGACGGUAGAAGUAGCUAAACAACCUGCUGCUCGUUCACCAUCGCCCGACGUUAUUAUCGUAGAGGAGAAGAAACCAAACGAAGUGAAACCGAUUGUGAAUCUUACCGAUGAGGAACGUUGCACACAACAGACCGCUGCACUGAAGGCGCGCUUCCCCGAUUUGGAAGUGUUCCAGCCGCUGAUGAAACUGAAGCAACUGGAUAACAGCCUUACCAAGGAAGAUUUGAAGAAUAUGAGCAAGUUCGCCAGCAUGAUCGAUACAUCGAUGAUCGUAAAAUGGUUCCGAGAUUUUGCGCUCGAACGUCGCGUCGGCCACAUCAUCUACUGCGUCGAGCAUGGCGAGUGGCCAGUAGGCAAAUCGUAUUCGGCCUACACGGGCUGUCUAGGUAUCGAUUUAGACAUUCCACUGUACGAAACGAUCAAGCGCAUCAUUCCGAUGAACGAUGAAGUGCGCCGGUCAGCAUCGAGUACGCCGGAUGUAAUUACGAUCACUACCGAUCAUCAGAAUGCAAAGCAGAUCAGCAAUCAGGCUGCGGCAAUACAGCAGCAGUCUGGUGGCGUCGGUGGUAUCCCAUCCGCUGGAGGAAGUAUUAGCUCGGGCAGUAGCGUUCUUGGAGCGACGUCAUCGUCCUCGGUGGCGAUGAACCAUCAGUCUAUGUCGGUGGCCGCGGCAGCGCAUGCUGCUGCUGCUGCACAUGCGGCAGCUGCGGCCGCUGCUGGUGUGACUGUACCGCCUGCAAGUAAGAAACGCAAACGCCACAUUGCUAUCGAUGUUGAAACCGAGCGAGCGAAAUUGCAUGCGCUACUGAAUAAUACCCAGAGUCCAGUUCCAACUGGAAAAGCGCAACCUUCACACACGGCAACGUCAAACAGCAGCGGUGCUGGAAGUGGUCUACAGUGGAAUGACGAUGACGUGCAAGAGGUGGUUAGCAGCAGAAGUAACGCACGGGGUGGAUCGAAUAGCGCAAACUCAAACGUAUUGCAGCCUCCACCUGCGCAUCAACAUGGCCCACGGAACCAGAUGUCCUAUCCGAAGCCGCAACUCAUUCCUGGUACUUCCAGCACGCUGACACCAAUCGAUUUGUCUUCCAGCUAUAGCCUGCCCAAAGUGAACAUUGCUGAUAUGAUCAAAAGCAGCAGUGGAAUGGGAGGAAGCGGUGGUGGUCCAAUGGAUCUGAGCGAGGUGCAGGACUUUUCGAUCGGGAAGAACAAAAAAUCCUCCAACAAUCAGCUGCCGAGUGGAAUCAGCAUUACGAGCGCUAGUGUAUCGGGAUCUAGCAUGAUGCUAGGCCACCAGCAUCAGCAAUCGCCCUCGGCUGCAGUGGCUGCUGCAGCUGCUGCCGGCAAGGGCAAGUUGAAUGAUAUGUUGUCCAAACUGAUGAAGAAGAACAAUGUCAGCGUGCCGAUCGAAGAACCUCCGCUCGGUAAGGAGAAGAAGCGACGAAAGCUGGACGAGAUUGUGCUUGGUCUUUCGGCAGCCAAGGAGCAUAAAACAAUUUUCGGCGAUCCGACACCGCCCGGUGGAAGCUUCUCCGGUAGUUCUAUGAAGAAGCCGCAGAUACCACCUUCGGUUUCGGUGACGCCUGCAAGUGCACCGACGUCCGUCAGUCAACAGCCACCGCAGAAACCAUUCACCAUUACCGUUACGAGCGUUCCGGGCAAUCCGAAAGGCAGUCAGGGAUCAUCCGGCGUUGGUGGUGGUUCAUCGACGAGCAGUGGAAGUAACGCGGCGGUGGCUGCAGCGAGCAUGCAAGCUGCGUUGCAAGGCCUGUCCGGUAUGAGUGGAGGGAUGUCGACGAAGGAUAGCCUGAACGCACUGUUUGCCCAGGCGGCGCAGGUCGAACAACAGUCGUUCCUGAAACAGCAGCAGAAGCUAAUUCAAUCGUUACCAGCUAACUCGCCGCAGCGCAAAGCAUACGAAGCUAUGUUCGCUGAAAUGAAGCAGGCGGCCGAAUUGAGUUCGAAGCUAGGCCAGUAUGGCAGUGCACACGACGCCAAGGUGAACAAAUGGCUAGCCGAACAAACGGCCGCUCUGACCGAGCAAGCGAUGGGUAUGGAUUACCUCUCGCGGUCUCGCUCGAGAGGAGGUGGCGGUUCAUCGGCGCAGAAUUCACCACAGGGUGGAUCGAGUUCUCGUUCGACGCGAGGCUCAGCCAACAGUCUACAACAACAGCAACAACAACAGCAGCAACAACACCAUCAUCAGCAACAGCAACAACAACAGCAGCAACAGGCUGACAGCAAUCCGAUGGCGUUCAAUUGGAAAAACUUGACCGGUGACGAGUACGUUGCCGUAAUAAACAAGAUCAAUGGCAAACGAUUGACAGGUAACAAAGCUCCGCAAUUGAAGCGACUAACGCAAUGGUUGGCUGACAAUCCGGCGUACGAGAUUGAUCCAAAAUGGGCAGAAUCUAUCACGCUCCCCGGUGGCCCAGCGACAAUGUCGUCAUCCAAGGGUACCGACGGUGGUUCUACAUCAAAACAGAUGCGGGCAGCAAACGCAGCUGCGGCAGCUGCAGCGAACCAGUACGGUUCGUCUGGCGCUGGAGGCGGGCAACAGUCGUCCUCCGGUUCUGCGUCGUCGUCAUCGUCAAAGAAACACUCCCAGAGCAGUAAUAAUGCCGCGGCGGCAGCUGCCGCUGCUGCUGCGAGCAUGCAGUUCCCGGGUCUGGCUGGACUGAAUGCCAAUCUGCUCUCCAGCAUUCCCGGUUUGGGUAGCUUCGAUCCAAAGAACAACCCACUCCUAAUGCCAUUCGGUGGCAUGCCGGGCCUAGCCGGGCUCGGUGGGCUUGGUAAUUUGGGCAACAUGAAUCUCUUCUCGAAUCUGGCGGGACUGGGUGGGCUGUCUGGUGCAGGCGGUGGAAUGGACGCUCAAAGUCUUGCCGCCAUGAUGGCUGCUGCCGGUCUAGAUCCAACCGCGGCUCUCGGUGCCGCAGCAGCUGCAGCCGCUGCCGCUGGAGGAGGUGGUACUCCUACUAAGGGUGGAAACACUGGUAGCAAAUCCCGCGGCAAAUCAUCGGCGUCACAAUCGUCGGCAGUUAAUGAUGGUGCCGGCACCUCCUCUUCAAGCAGUUCCGGACAGCAAGGAAGCGGAUCGUCCUCCAAAAAUCAGCAGCAACAAGCGGCCGCUGCGGCGGCUGCCGCAGCUGCUGCAGCCAACAGUCAGUUCCCAUUCUUCUUCCCCAACCCGAGUUUGUUGUACACUCCGCUUGGAUUGGGUGGUCUAAAUCCGUAUGGACUGCCCGGUGUAAGUGGUAGCAGUACGGGCACGUCCUCGUCAACGACUACCUCCAGACAGUCGCAAUCGAGCAAGCAGAAUUCUCGCGGUGGUGGUAUGGGAUCCGGUGGAAGUUCCUCUCAGUCGGCGUCCUCGCCCGGUGGCAGUGGGAAGGGGCGUGGCUCAUCCAGUUUGAGUCAACAACAGCAACAACAACAACAGCAAGCAGCGGCGGUAGCAGCCGUACAUCAGCAAGCCGCCCGUGAAGCGGCACAACUUCAGCAGCUAUUGCUACCGCAUGACACACACCUGCUCGAAUCGCUCACAAGGUCCGCCGGUUUGGACAUAUCAGCCGCAGCGGCAGCUGCUGCUGCGGCCGCAGCAGGACAGGGCAGCGGCUCUACCAGCGGCGGCAGCGGUCGCGGCUCAUCAAGCGCCUCAGAAAAGCAACGGGCACGGGAGAGUGCGGCAGCACAACAGGCCAACAAACAGGCACUGGAGAAGCUAGAACGCGAACGACGAAAGAUCCUGGAAACGCUGACGGCAGGUGGUUUCCCGGCAGAUUUGGCGGCAAUGCAGGCAGCAUUUAGUGCCACCAGCAAAAUGCCCUCCUCUUCACACUCGUCCUCGUCGUCAUCGAAGGGCGGUGGUGGCAGCAGUUCGGCAUCUGCCUCGGCACAAGCAGCAGCUGCUGCAGCGGCAAUGGCAGCUAUGUCAUCUAAGGACAUGCAGCUACCGAUACCGCCCGAGUUCAGCCAGGCGCUGUUUGCGGGUAUGGCCGCGCACGCCCUGUCUGCAUCGGCCGGUGGUGGCAGUGGUGCAGGGUCUAGUGGAUCGGGCGGCGGUCGAUCGUCCUCGCCAUCGUCGGCGAAGAAGGCACGCGAACACCAGGACCUGAAGGAUGCGUUCGAGCAACUGAGCAAGAACCCGAUAGAGCUGCUCGCUCGCAGCCUAGGCGUUGGUCCGGCAAUUUCGCUCAUCCCGACCUCGUCAUCGUCUUCCUCGCCAACUCAGUCGGUUUCGGAAUCGAAACGAGCGCGACAGGAAGCUGCUCAACUGCAACACCAUCUGGCUAAGCUCGACGCAAAAGCACUCUUGAUGGGAGCUGGUGCACAGGAUGAGAUGAAAUCAUCGUCAUCACGAUCGAGCCGCUCUAGUGCCGCGGCUUCCGGUUCGGCCUCGGAAUCAUCGGCCGCUGCUCUGCUAGGUUUGGAUAAGGUCACGCUAACACCGGUUGCAGCGGCCAGCAUCGCUGCAUCGCUGCCGUCGCAGACCACCAUCUCCUUAGCGCCUUCUCCACUGCCCGGAGCGGGGUCGUCUUCUUCGCUGAACCUAAGCUCCAAGAGUCCGGCCCUGUCGAACUCGUCGUCAUCGUCGAGUACUGGUAUGUUGGAACAGAGGGAGCGCGAGCGCGAUCAUCAUCAUCGCGAACGGGAAAGGGAACGGGAGCGAGAACGAAGCGAACGCCACGAGCGUCACGAGCGCGAUCGGCUCGAGCGACUUGAGCGACGAGAAAGGGACGAACGUGCUGUGGCAGCGGCUGCCGCAGCUAUGGCAGCAGAGCGGUUAGAACGAACCGCGGAACGAAGCUUACGAUCGUCGGUGGAAAGUAGCAUCGCGGCAGAUCUUAGCCGUGCGGCUGCGGCCGGUCUAUCCGUCUCGUUGGCGAAUCCACCGGGUGGUGCUGGUGGAACGUCAUCAUCCGGGGGAAGCAGCAACAGCCUGCUAGGCACAACGUUAUCGUUGUCGGCACUAGCAGGAGGAAACCCACAGAAUCUGUCAUCUGGUAGUGGAUCGACGGGCGCAUCCAGCUCUACGAGCGCUGCAGCAGCGUUAGCAGUUGCACCGUCACCGGUGGAAGGUGGAAGCGGCACACCAAGCAAGGGAAGUAGUGGUGGUUCUGGAGGAGGCAAUCACGAUAUGGACCUGGAGGAUUUGAUUGCUCCUUCCAAACUGUCCAAAUCGAGCGGUGGUGUGUUGAAUGACGAGGAGGUAGAUCCACAGAAGCAGAUAAUGUUGCUGAAGCAAAAGCAGAAGCUGCUCCAGCAGGAACACCUGAAGAAGGUGCACGAAGCCCAGGAGGCGCAGCGCUUGAUAGAGCAGCAACGAAUUUUGGCGUCAGCUGCAGCAGCUGCUGCCGCAGUUGUUGAGCAGAAGCAAAAACACCAUCAACAGCCAGAGCACAACAGCAGUGGAAGUGCCGUUGGUGAAGACCCUUCGGACCAUGCGGCAUCGUCUGUCCAUGGUAAGGAAGACGAAGACAGAGGGCUGAUGAUGUUGGACCGUCACGCACCAGUGAAACGGCGCCGUGAGGAAAGUCACGAAAUGGCGGACGAUGUGGAUAAGGAAAUUGGCACCACGUCGGUUCCUGCAGAUCAUCAACGGCACGAAAUGGAUCUGAGCCAUGAUGAUUUGUCGAAACGGGCGCGCGAUGAAAGGCCGGCUUCCAGUGCCAGCAACAUGGCAGAUCAGCUGCAACAUGCACGUUCCGAUGCGGCAGGAGGAUCGUACGAAGAUCACGAAAUGAUAAUGAUGGGAGGCGGCGACAAGUCAACGGCGGGCACUUCCGAAUCCGACCACGAAGCAUCCGGUGUCGGCGGCGGAUCGUCCUCCUCGCAUCAUCUGGAUGACGAUCGUCGACGCACAUCGCGUCGCCAUCAAUCCGCACACCACAACCAGUUGCUGGACGGUGGGGCCAUCUCCGGCGCGGAGGACGAAGCAAAUCGUUCGGAGUCGGAAAAAUCCAUCCCCGAAACGGCACCAUUAGCAUCGUCGGCACGCAAAUCUACCCGGUCCAGUACGGACGCGGCCAAUUCCAGCGGAUGUGAGUCCAGUGCACCGUUAUCGUUGGCAGGCGGCUCGUCCUCCGCCGCACUAGCGGCAUCGGUUAACGCUAUAUCCGGUGGUGGUGCCGGUCGAAGAACGACGCGCAGUAAACGGCCCCGAAGCGGUGAGGAUCUGGAAUCGGCGCUCGGUGUACCGGAGCGGAAGCGCGAACUGCGGUCCAGUGCGGGACGGCAGGCGGCCGCAGCUGCCGCACGGAUGGCAGCGGAAGCGAAAGCGGCCGCGGCGGCGGCAGCUGCCGCAGCAGCAGGCGGUACGUUCUCGGACAGUAGCACCGGUUCGCUGAAUCUAUCCGGUGGCGGUGGCAAGGACCAGCACGACUCGGAUAAGGAUGAUCAACCGAUUUGA